CGGCUGCAGAGGAGGAGGAGGAGGAGGAGGAGGAGGAGGAGGAGGCGGCUGCCGGCGCUCGCCCUCCUCCUUCCUCCAUCCCUGCAUCCCUCCUUCGCCAUGCAGAGCCCCCCCUGAGCCCCCAGCGCCCGGGGGACCCGCCAUCCCCAGGGUGCCCAGCAGGGCUCCCGCCACCCCGCCGGGGCCUUCAGCCUCUGCUUCCUUCCUUCCUUCCUCCUCCUCCCCUCCUCCUUCCCUCCCCCCACCACCCCCCGCAGCCACCACCCUCCCUCCUUCCCCAGGGCCUGCCUGGCAUGGAGGUGCUGGCCACGGGGAGCCGGAUGCUUCCCGCGGGCUGCAUCCCUCCUUCCCCGCAUCCCCUGUGGCUGCAUCCCUCCUUCCCCGCGUCCCCGUGGCUGCAUCCCUCCUGCCCCGCAUCCCUCCGCCCUGGCACAUCCCUGAGCCGCUCGGCAGCCGCCUCCUUUGUGCAGCGGAGCGGCUGUGCGGGCUCCGUGUCCCCCCCACUCCUCACCCCCCCCCAAGCCCGCAGCCCCGGCUCGGGGGUGGCCGGCGGGCGAGCGGGAGCGAUGCUGCCCUCGCCGGAGGAGCCCAGCGCGGGAGGUCGGCGGCCAGAAGCAGCGCCCGUCACCGGCCGAUGCUGACACCCCCCCGAGAACCCCCAGACCCCGCCACCUCCACCCCAGAGCCCUAGCCCCGGCCAUGCCCCAGCGGAGCCGCCACCCCACGUCCCGGGGCUCGUGCCCCAUGCCGGCCGUGUCCCCCCGUGCCGCGCCGUGAGCGCCGGGGCGCCGCGCUGAGGGAUGGCCUCGCUGGACCUGCCCUACCGGUGCCCGCGCUGCGGGGAGCACAAGCGCUUCCGCAGCCUGUCCUCGCUGCGGGCCCACCUGGAGUACAACCACACCUACGAGACCCUCUACGUCCUCUCCAAGACCAACAGCAUCUGCGAUGCCGCCGUCUUCCCGCUGGCCGCCGACGGGGCGCUGCUGGCGCCGGCGGCGCGCAGGGACUACUUCGAGAGCACCUCCUUCCAGGGCAAGGACCAGCGCUUCUCCUGCGACCUGGUGCCCGCCGAGGAGCUGGAGCCGGCGCCGCCCUCUUCGCCCUCGCCCCGCUACGUCCACGAGAUCGAGAUCCCGCUGACCGAGAUCUUCACCCGCGGCAAGGCCGUGGCGCCGGCGCCGCCCGCCGCGAUGGACGCGGCCUACGAGGAGGGGCUGGCGCGGCUGAAGAUCCGCGCCUUCGAGAAGCUGGAGGUGGACAAGCGGCUGGAGAAGCUGACGGAGGAGGUGGAGCAGAAGAUCGCCUCGCAGGUGGGCCGGCUCCAGGUGGAGCUGGACCGCAAGAGCUCGGAGCUGGAGAAGGCCAAGCAGGAGAGCCUGCGGCUGAGCAGAGAGAAGCAGGAGCUGGAGGACCGGGCGUCGGAGCUGUCGCGCCAGGUGGAUGUCAGCGUGGAGAUGUUGGCCUCCCUCAAGCAGGACCUGGUGCAGAAGGAGCAGGAGCUCACCCGCAAGCAACAGGAGGUGCUGCAGAUCGACCAGUUCCUGAAGGAGACGGCGGCGCGCGAGGCCAACGCCAAGGUCCGGCUCCAGCACUUCAUCGAGGAGCUGCUGGACCGGGCGGAUCGGGCCGAGAAGCAGCUCCAGAUCAUCAGCAGCAGCUGCGGGACUACCCCAAACGGCAGCCUGGGACGCUGCGGGACCCCCGGGGCCAAGGCCAUCUGCCGACCGGUACCUCCACGGGCACAGAGAGACCGUCACCCAGGGCCGUGCGUGGCCGUGCACGGUCCCUACGGCGUGUCCAACCAGCGCUCCUCCUCCAGCACCGGGGCGUCCAGCCGGGCCAAGGCCGUGUCGCAGAGCUCGGGGUGCUACGACAGCGACAGCGCCGAGCCGUGUCCCACGGACGACACGGCCGACGGGCAUCCCUACGCGGCGCGGGACGGGACCCGCGGCUCGGGGCUGCGCCGCCAGGCCAUCCAGAACUGGCACCGCCGGCCCUACCGCAACAGCACCGAGGGGGAGGAGGGCGACGUGUCCGACGUGGGGUCCCGCACCACCGAGUCGGAGGCCGAGGGCUGGGAGCAGGACGCGCCCGGAUCUGCCGCGCCCCGGCCCACGGCGAGCUGCCGGCUGACGGUGGCCACGGACGCCGGGUGUCCCCCGGCCAGGACUGAGGGGGCCGGGGGCAAGGUGUGCCGGCUGGAGAGGGGCAGCCCAGGCCACUCCAGCGAGGUGAUCAGCCCCGAGAUCCUCAAGAUGAGGGCGGCUCUGUUCUGCAUCUUCACCUACCUGGACACCAAGACCCUGCUGCGGGCGGCCGAGGUGUGCAAGGACUGGAAGUUCGUGGCCCGGCACCCGGCCGUGUGGACGCGGGUGCUGCUGGAGAACGCCAGGGUGUCCUCCAAGUUCCUGGCCAUGCUGUCGCAGUGGUGCACCCAGAUGCACUCCCUCACCCUCCAAAACCUCAAGCCGCGCCAGCGGGGGAAGAAGGAGAGCAAGGAGGACUACAUGAAGAGCACACGGGGCUGCCUGGAAGCUGGUCUGGAGUCGCUGCUGAAGGCCACGGGCAGCAACCUGCUGAUCCUGCGCAUCUCGCACUGCCCCAACGUGCUGACGGACCGCUCGCUCUGGCUGGCCAGCUGCUACUGCCGGGCCCUGCAGGCUGUCACCUACCGGAGCUCCACGGACCCCGUGGGUCAUGAGGUCAUCUGGGCCCUUGGAGCAGGUUGCAGGGACAUCAUCUCCCUCCAGGUCGCACCUCUGCACCCCUGCCAGCAGCCGACUCGGUUCAGCAACCGCUGCCUGCAGAUGAUCGGGCGGUGCUGGCCCCACCUGCGGGCGCUGGGCGUCGGAGGCGCCGGCUGCGGCGUCCAGGGACUGGCAUCCUUAGCCCGAAACUGCAUGAGGCUCCAGGUCCUGGAGCUGGACCACGUGGCCGAGAUCAACCAGGAGGUGGCAGCCGAGGUGUGUCGGGAGGGGCUGAAGGGGCUGGAGAUGCUGGUGCUGACGUCCACCCCGGUCACCCCCAAAGCCCUGCUGCACUUCAACAGUGUGUGCCGGAACCUCAAGUCCAUCGUGGUGCAGGUGGGAAUCGUGGACUAUUUCAAGGAGCCCCACAGCCCUGAAGCCAAGAAGAUGUUUGAAGAAAUGGUGAACAAACUCCAGGCCCUGAGGAAAAGACCCGGCUUCUCCAAGAUUUUACACAUCAAAGUGGAGGGAGGCUGUUAGACCUUCAGGGAAGCACAAAGCACAUCCCCUCCUGUGCCGGGAGCGAAACCAAACCCAGCGCCCGCCGCUCCCCCCGCGGCCGCAGCCGGAGCGCGGAUCCGCCGGCUCCUGCACCAGGAAAAAACCCCAAACUCUUGCAGGCCUUAGUGACUGGCGGCCGGAGCUCAUCCCAGGGCCGGCUCGCGGGCGAGAAGGUGCUACUUCAGGACGUGGUUUUUUUUUUUAGUUUUUUUUUUUGGCUGCCCCCAGGAGCCAGGGCAGCGCUCCUUGCCGGGAGGGGAGAUGGCUCGGAACCCCCGCGGCCGCUCAUUGCCAAGGAUCCGCCUUUGGGGGAUGUCUUUUCCCUUCGGACUCUUGUUUCUUGGAGGGUUUGUUUAUUUUAUUUUAUUUCUUUUGCCUGUUCGAGGAUCUCCCGGCCCCACCCCACCGGCUCCUCGCGGCGCUGCUGCGUCCCCGUCCUCUCCGUGGGGUGGGAAGGGGCUGUUCCUCCUGAGGGAGCGAUUCCCGGAGUUGCUGCGGGGUCUCCGUUUCCUUUGUUUGACAGAGGGGCUCCCAAACCUGGGGGAACGCUGCCCAGAGAGCAGCAGCCACCACAGCACAAACCCGGGGAGGGGGGGCAGAGCUGCAUCCCGGGGGGCUGCAGGAGCCAGAGGACACCAGGAGAGAUGGAUGCUCUUCCAGAGGUCUCCAAGCCUCGCUUCUUCUCCCACCGAAACCUUCCUGCCAAGGCAAUAAACCAUCUCCAAAAUCCUCGUCCACCAGGAAACACGGGUCAGGCUCCGGUCCCCACCACCCAGCACCCGUUCAGGCUCCAUCCGGAGCGAGCUGUCCCAUGUGGAGAGAAAGGACUGGAGUGGGACACCCGUGUUUGCCAUCUCAUCGCCUUCCCGAGCAGCCUGGAGGAGGAACCCUGGGCAAACUACCCUGAAAUCCAAAGCUGCUGCUGAGAGCACCACCCCACAGCCCUGGCUGGCCCCUCCUCCGUGGCCACGGCUGGUUUUUUAACUCCGCUUUUUUUCCUUCCUGGGUGUCUCCAAGGAGGUCAUCAUCCCCAAAAUACCCUUUUUCCACGGGGGGAAAAAGGCUUUGGAAAGGCAUCCAGCGGGGCCAGGCAUCUCCAUGUUCCACCCCGGGGAGAAGGGACCAGGAGGUGCCCGUGGAAUUGGGGACACCCAUCACAGCACUGCCAGCAGUGGGGACGCACCGGCCUUAACCACAGCCCCUGGUCAUCCCAAUCCCCACCCAGGUGCCCUUGGAUUGGGCUGAGCCAAGAGAAUCCCACUGGGAAAAGCAGAUUUGGGGGUUUUUUCUCUGAUUUGGACCAGUGUUGGAGGUUUUUGAUGCCUGUUGGCCAGCGUGGCUGUGAGGAGAGAGCCUUUCCCAGAGCACCUCCCCUUCCCAGCCCUCCCAGGGCGAGGGGCUGACAGGGAACAUCCCUCCAGGAGGGAGGAGGCUGCAGAUCCAUCUGGGACCACAUUCCUUUGUCCAUGGCAGAGCUCAACCGGGGCUGCCAGCAUGACAACAAUCCAUGGGGAUCCUGAGAGAAAAUAACACCAAUCCCAAAUCGCUGAAGCUGGUGGGGGGCUGGAGGAACCUCCUGGAUCUCCAACCCCACCUCAGGAGAGCCUUCAUCCACUCUUCAUCCCAUCCACGCUGUCUCCUGAAACAGGGUAAGGGAUUUUUGGCCAUAACCCCCCUUUGAAGCACCUCUGCUCCCCCUCCCACUGCAGCUUUUCCAGGAGAAGGCUGUUCCCUGUCUGCACAAAAUGUGGGAGAGCCCCCCCCCAAAAAAAAACACCCGCGAGAAACUCCCGUGUCCCACGAUAUCCCCACGGAUGAGCUCCCCGGCACCGGGAGCAGCUCCCUGCAGUGCCCACCGUGGCUUUACCUCUACCUGGGGAAGACUGGGACACAAAUUCCAGGGGCAAGAGGAGCAAGGGAUGCCCCGACCAGCAAAAAAAACAAAACACCACCCAGCAAAGCUACAACCCCUCCGGGGAACAUCCAGCCCUUAUCCCGGGAAUGUGUCCCAAGGGAGCUGUCAGAGACUUGGGAAAUUUCCUUAAAACAAACAAACAAACAAACAAACAAACAAAGUAAGUAUUUAUUUCUAUAAAGAAGGAAAAGAAAAAAAAACAAAACACACAAAGAUUUUAAAGGAAAAUUAUAUACUCAGCAUGUUUAUACACUCUAUGCUUAAAGACUAUCGUGGUGGAGAGUCGUGUCUGAAGACUGAGGGCGGCUGCUCCGGGUUUGCUCCGGGUUUUUGUGACCCUCUCCCGGCCCCUCCAGGCUGUUGGGAAGGCAAAGGCAAUGGAAAAAAGGGGGAGAUGUUGAGGAUUCGUGGAGAAACCUUCUGUGCUCGCCAGUGGUGUGUCAAUGGCCGUGUCUGUAGUGGUGUCGGGGCCACCAGGGUUUGGAAUUCACGGCAGGACAACCCCCGCUGGAAUUUGGUGCUUCGAAGUGUCACCGAGAGCAGAACCAAACCAUCGGCCUCCCCUCGGGGCAUUCCCGAAAAAUCCAACUCGGCAAAGCCACGUUUCCACAGAAAUCCUCUGAUGACACAAGGCCUUGAGCAGGUUCAAGGAUUAGAAGAUGGGAAGUGGGGGGGUUCUCCCACUUUCCUUGGGCUGGAAUGGAUCCCUCUCCCUCCUCAUCUUGGGAUGAAGGGUGGAUGGCACAAGGACACAGGUGGUGAUGAGGGCCCUGUGUCUCCCAGCCCUCCUGGUGGCUCCUAAUUGCCCAGCUUGUUAACGAGCUCAUUAACAGCUCUGUGUUUUCUUCCACUGAAAUGUCACAUUGAUCCUUUCCCUGCUGCUUUCCCUCCCCAUCCUGCCGUUUUUCCCCUUUCCCAAACCCCCAUCCCUACGGGAUGCUCGUGGCCGUGGGAUUCACCGCCCGGCUCACGGAGUUUCAACCCCAUUUCCUCUGGAAAUGAUGGAGACACAACAGAAAUACCAAAUUCCCUGGGAAAAGCCUUGAAUCAGGCAGUGUAUCCAGGACUUCAGCCCCAUUCCAGAUCCUAGAGGAGCCCCAGAGGAGCUCUGCGAUGACAAUCCCCAGCAAAAUCCAUGGAUCCGGGGUGAGAAUUGGGGAUCACAGUGAUGGCCAGAGCUGGCAGGGGCUGGAUGGGUGGUGCUUCCAGACCUGGCUCCUGCAGGACCAGUUCUGGGGAGAUUUAUUCCUUUUCUAAGGAGUUUUCCCAAAGUUUCCCCGUGGCUGACAUUCCCAGCAUUCCCCUUCCCUUGAAUUUGGGUGCUGGUCAGGGAUUUCAAGAGGAACAACAUCACCAAAGCCAGCUCAGGGGCCAAGUUUAUCCCAAAUCCAUGCUUUUCUUGGUUGGGUUUUGCUUGCUAUCCACCCAUCCGAGCCCCCAGGAGCUGGGAAUGCUCCAGGGACCAGCUGCCUCCUCCUGCCUUAUCCCUGUGCCCCCAGUUUGGGAGAUCUGGGAUGGCAGGGCUCGAUGGGAAUUCCCAGGUUGGUUCUGUCCCAAGGAGGAUUUUAAUCUUUAUCCCGCUUUUUUAUGCCACGUGUCCUGGUCCCAGCUGCCACAGCUUGCUUGGAUCCUCCAAAACACUCUGAAUUUAGGGAAAACAGAACCAAAAAAACCCAAAAAACAAAAA